CACAUAGAGAGAGCUCAGCUAGGGACAAACAUACAGUAGUACUACUGUUUCAUUCAUAUACCACCACUGAUGAGGAAAGAGAGAGAAGAAGAACAAGAACAAGGAAUGAGUCUCUAUGUUUAGGUAGAGUUAGGGGUUUCAAUUCCCAUCUCCAUCUUCAUUUCAGCUUCUUAUGGUUGUUAAAAAACAAUUCUCAAGAUGAUCGUACCCUAUUCGAUACGGCGGUUAUAAUCGACUCUCGCAUGAUGGGGAAAGAGUAAUUCAAGGUUUUUGCUGAUAAAUAAUUGAACUGAUCAAUUUGACUUUAAUAAGUGUGUUUGAUUAAUUAGGGUUAGCUAGGGUUUAAAUUAGUAAGGAAAAGAAGAGAUGAAAGAAAGUACUAGUGCCGAAGGUUCAAAUACAAACUUAUAUGAUGAUAAGAAAGAGGGUGAAGAAGAAGAUGAAGAAGAGGAGGAGGAAAAAGAAGAAGUAGAUGAUGUGCUGGUGGUUGGAGAUGAGGCAGCAGAUGGUGACGAUGAACCUGAAAAUGGAGGAUGUUCAAGCAACAGCACAGUAGAUGAAAGCGAAAGGAAAGGGAAUAAUAACAAUUCCAGUGGUGUACGACCAUACGUUCGUUCAAAAACACCUAGACUUAGAUGGACGCCUGAUCUUCAUAUGUGUUUCAUUCAUGCCGUUGAAAGACUCGGUGGACAAGAAAGAGCAACACCAAAAUUGGUUCUUCAAUUGAUGAACAUUAAAGGUCUUAGCAUCGCUCAUGUCAAGAGCCAUUUACAAAUGUACAGAAGCAAAAAGAUCGAUGAUCGGGGUCAAGUCAUAUCUGAGAAAGGUAAUCAUCAUCUUAUGGAAGGAGGAGAUGGUUAUAUUUACAACUUCAGCCAACUUCCUAUGCUUCAAGGCUUCAAUCAAAUGAGACCUACAAUGACUUCAAGUAGUACUUUCGGCUAUGGCAAUUAUCCAUGGAGAGGGAAUGGGAACUGGAUGGCUAGUGCUCCUUACAUGAGUAUGGUUGCAAAUAGCAGAGCGAAGCCGCCAGGAAUAUAUGGUUCGGUAGUAGAGAGGAUCUUUGGUUGUAAUACAAGUACUAUUUCUACUCCAAAUCGGAAUUUCCAUCAUAUAGGAAGCUCUACUACUUCUUCAUCAACUCACGAGCAGCUCAAAAAGGUAUUGCAUCAAAAAGAACAACCAUUACCUCAUGAAAAUGAAUUUCGAGCAAAGACGUUGCAUGAUCAUGAAUCUUGGAAAUCCCGGUUCCGGUUAUCAUGUUCAACAAUAGAUCAACCAAGCAACAUCUUCAUUAAUCAUGGUUUACAAGAAAGAGGCAUAAACAGAUCUGAAAACCCUAACCCUUGCUACUUACAAAAUGAUAUAGGAAGUAGUAGUAACCCGAAAACCAAUUCGGUAAUGAAAGAAGAAGAAGGAAAGGUUAUCAACACGAAAAGAAAAGCUUCGGAGUAUCGUGACAGUAGUCUUGAUUUGAAUCUCUCCUUGAAGAUAAACACGUCAGAUACGAAUGAAAAAGAUUCAUUGGAAGAUGAACAUGAUGAAGUUGGUAAUGAUUUAUCUCUUUCUUUGUUCUCACCUUGUUCAUCCAAGAGGAAAAGAAAGAAGUUGAAGGAAGGACAUGAUGAUGGUGAUGAUAGAAAGGAACAUGAAAAACUAGCAAGUACUCUAAAUCUGACUAUAUGAAUGAGACAAUAUUCUAAGUGAGAUCUUGCAGUACUUGCUAAUAUUCGAGACAACAAAAAAAGAAAAAAAUUAUAUAAAUAAUGUAGAAAAUGAAAAAAUAACUGGUGUCAUGAGAUUCGUACCAACAUUACAAAGUAAUAACACCACUUGUUCAUCCUUUGUUGUUUUGUAUCGUUUUUGUAUUUUAAUUGCAUUCUUAUUAUUAAGUGAUGAUGGUAUAAUGAUGAUGAAAUCUGUCAUACUUAUUU